CCGAAAGGGAGGGGCGCAAAGGCGCGCGCGAGCUUGGAGGGGGAAGGGCCGGUGGGGAGAGUCAUGAGGAGGAAGGGCGAACUGGAGGACUUGCCGAGGGACGGGCGGUGGACGAAGCAUUAUGGUGCAGUGAGGGAGAAGAUGGGGAACCUCGAGCCUGUCCAUGGUCAAGAUCAGUCUCCCGUCGACCACAUCCUGCGUGUCUUUGAUAUGUCCUACGAGUACGGCCCAUGUAUCGGAGUCACUCGUUUGGAGAGGUGGAAUCGUGCCGACGCUCUCGGUAUAAACCCUCCCCUUGAGGUUAAAGAGAUAUUAUUGACCAAGGAGGGCACCGAAAAUCCACGCUUCUCCGAAUGUGUCUUCCAUGGAGAGGUGUAA